ACAGUCCGCUCUUCCACGCGCGGAUAACGAGAGUGAGAGAAGAACCGGAGGAAAAUCAGGAAGAGGAGAAAAAGAGACAGGAAAACAAGCCGAAAAACACGCACGAGGGCUUUACUUUAUUCCUCUUCUUCCCCUCAACUGGAAAGCGAGAGAAGAAGAAAGUGUGUGAGUGAGAGAGGGGGAGACAGAACUCGCCUCAGCUCCAUGUCGCUCCCCGGCUCCCCUCCGCUGCUCUCGCCGCCGGGCUCGGGCGCCCCGACUCCGGCCGCGCUCUACCGCUCUGCGCCGGACGCGCUCCACACCUCCGUCAGCUCCACCGGCACCACCAGCCCGGGCCACACCAACUCCCACGCUCACUCCCAUUCCCACUCCCACUCCCUAUCCCCGUCGCCGCGGCUCACCAGCAGCAUGCUCAGCGCUUUCCUGCCCGGACCAGGGGGCGCGCUGGCCGGAUUGGGCAACGGCGGCGCCGCCGCCUCCGGACACGACCGGGGCUGCGCCGCCGCCGCUCUGGGUCCCCUCGGCGGGCUCGGCUCGUUGAACGCGACCGGUCUGACCCCCGGCUCCCCCGGUAUGGCGCAGACCUCCGCCAGUCCGGGUCUCUGCAGCGAGUGUAAGCUGGUGGAGGUGCACGGCGUGAAGGUGGCGAGCUUCGGCGUGGACGGCCAGGAGCUCAUCUGCCUGCCGCAGGUGUUCGACCUCUUCCUGAAGCACCUGGUGGGCGGGCUGCACACCGUCUACACCAAGCUCAAGAGGCUGGACAUCGCGCCGGUGGUGUGCACCGUGGAGCAGGUGCGUGUCCUGCGGGGGCUCGGCGCCAUCCAGCCCGGCGUGAACCGCUGCAAGCUCAUCUCCAGGAAGGACUUCGAGAUCCUGUACCAGGACUGCACCAGCGCCAGCUCUCGUCCGGGCCGUCCUCCGAAGCGUUGUUCUGGUGCAGGGAUCCAGGAAAGCCCCAGGCUGCUGCACCCGGGCCUCCCCGGCCUGCUGUCCCCCAACCUGCUGUCACACACCGGCCUGACAGCAGCAGCCAUGGCCGAGCUCCAGAAGCUGCAGAAGAUGAAGAUGAUGAUGAGUCUCCAGAACGGCAACGAGUCGGACGACGACUUGCACUCCAACACAGGAGGAAGUGAGUGUUCCUGGGAUAAGGAGCGUCUGACCAGCCCCCCUGCUGGAGCUCACGGGGGAGGACCAGGAGGUGGAGGAGCACAAGGAGGAGGAGGUGGGAGGGGGCCGGCCAUCGGAGCUGUCAAUCAACAACAACUCCUGCAGCAGCAACAGCUACUGGCCAACAGGUUGGACCUGCCCUUCAUGAUGAUGCCUCACCCUCUGCUGCCCAUGGGGCUGCCUCCCGCCUCGGUAGCAAUGGCGAUGUCACAGAUGAACCACCUCAACACCAUCGCCAACAUGGCCGCCGCCGCCCAGCAGAUACACACCCACGUACACCGGGCGCCCGUCAUCAAGGAGAGAGUGUGUGACAGUCCCUCUCUCUCUCCAUCUGUUGAUGAGACCAACACUCCUCUGCAGUCGCAGCCCAGCAGCUCGGCCUCCAGCUCGCCCGAAAGACUUGGAUUGAUAUCAAUGGAUGCAGAUGUUGGACUGAACAACCCGACUGCACCCAUCAAGAAAAUAACAAAGGACAAAGAAGAGUCUUCGCUGGCUCAAGCCCUGCCCCCUGGCUUCCCUGCUCCGUUCCUAUUCGCUGACGGCCUGUCGUCAGUGGAGACCCUACUCACCAACAUACAGGGCCUGCUGAAGGUGGCGGUGGAGAACUCCCGGGUUCAGGACAAACAGAUCCAGGCGGAGAAGAGAGAGCUGAAGAUGGAGCUCUACAGAGAACGAGAGAUGAGGGAGAGUCUUGAACGACAGCUCACCUCCGAACUACAGAGCCGAGCCUCCAUCCAGAAGCGUCUGAAGAAGGAGAAGAAGGCCAAGAGGAAGCUGCAGGAGGCGCUGGAGUUUGAGUCCAAGAGGCGGGAGAGAGUGGAGGGCACUCUGAAGCACUCGUCCUCGUCCUCCCCGUCUCCUGAGCCUCUGCACGCCACCAACAACAACAAGAACGACGCUGCUGUAGCCGAGGAUAAACCUGAACUUAAUGGAAACCAGCAAGACAACGGCGCUGUACAAGGUACCUGAACGAACACACACACACAAACACACACACACGAACACACACACGAACACACAUACACACACACACACACACACAGUCGGAUGCACUCAUAGUGGCCGACUCAUGCUGAUAUAUACACACACACACACACUACAUAUUAACAGAUACAACACUAUACACGUGUGUUUAAAGCAGAGUUACAAGUUUGUAGACACGCACACACACACAUAUGCCUACCAUGUGUGUGUGUUGGGGCCCAGGCUAGAUUAGUGGAGACAUUAAGCAGACACAGAGACACUGUGGCCUCCCUUUGAUGUGUGCACAUUAUCAGACACACAUGUGAGUGUGUGGAAAUAUUUCAUUGAGCUCAUGUCGGUGUGUAAAUGUGUGAAUAUUUGUUGUUUUGGAGCGUAAAGACAUUUUUGGGAAAAGUGACACUGUUAACAUAUUUUGUCAAGUAGAGACGUGUGAAAGGUAGAGGUGUGUUAAGUAAGGACAUAGUUCUGAAGUGGAAAAAUAUGUCAAAGAGUUAUAGUAUAGUGUGCCAAUAAAGGUCAACGUAUAAGAUGUAAUAAAAAUAAGUCAUAGUAUGUAAAAAUGUCAGAAAAACAUCAUAAUAUAGUAUGUGGAGAAUUUGAAGUCAAAGUAUAGCGUGUUGAAAAUGCCACGAAAAGUCAGUUUGUCCUUUGUUUUCAAAAUGUCUUUACUUUGUGAAAUUGUCGUGUUUUUACAAGCACGGACGUCUAAGAAGCGACUCUACUUCUCUUAUAAAGCCAAAAUGUCCGGUCCUCACCCCCUAGAAACAUUGUUGGGGGGUUAAGACUCUGAAAUCAGGUUAAAGUCGUGGACUUCAUGCCAACGAGGGUCCUCACUAGUGCAGCUCUGAAGUGUGUGUGUGUGUGUGUGUGUGUGUGUGCGCGCGCGCGUUAGUAUGCAUGUGUCGUCUCUUUCCACCAGCUGUGCUCAGUCCUCCCUGACAUUGAAAACCUUCACUUGAAACAGCGUGUGUGUAUAAAUGAAUAUCUAUAGACACACACAGGUUCAGUGUGUGUGUGUGUGUACUAUGUACCUGUAAGUGUGUGUUUGGGUGUGUGUUUGAUCCACACUCUGGUGAGACA